UUACCAGGGAAACCAUUACCAAGGUCACGCAGUCGUCACUCCUCCUGUCUCCAUGGUGACUGUGUAUACGUAGUCGGGGGGAAGGAUGGGAGAGUUUCUCUGAAGGACAUAUGGAGGUUCUGUAUAGAAACUUCACAAUGGGAGAGGUUGACACUUAAGGGGGAAAGUCUGCCUCAUUUAGAGGGACACAGCCUCAUCUCGUACAAGAAAAACCUCCUGCUGUUUGGAGGGUCGUUUGGGGAUGAUGUCACAGAUUCAGCACUAUGGAUAAUUAACCCUGAUGUCCUACAUGUACGACAGGUGUCGUGUGAGCCCGGAUUUCCUCAGCCCUGCACCAGACGCCACCACUCCGCUGUCGUCCAUGAUGGUGUUAUGUAUGUGUACGGAGGAUAUGUGGAUCUCAGAGGAAGCAGCUCGGAAUUCUGGGCAUUCCAUAUUUCUGAAGAGGAGUGGGAAUUAGUAACCCCCCGACAGACCCGGUCAGACAUGCCUGAGGGUCGUCAUGGUCACACGGCGGUCGUCCAUGGGAGGAACAUGUGGAUCUAUGGGGGUCUAGCAGGGCUAACUCCUAAAUCAGACCUCUGGUACUACAACUUCCAUGUCAGUAAAUGGACGCGUAUGAAGUGUAGGUUUGGUCCACCACCAUUAGUAGGACAUGCGGCAGUAGUGGUCAAGGAUAAUAUGAUUUUACAAGGUGGAGAACAAAAUGGAGAACUUAGAAAUGACUUCUGGGUUUUUUCUUUUGAAUGUUUGAAGUGGACACAUAUAGAAAUCCCAAAUCAAGUUCCCUCAGCAAGAAUGUGGCACUCAGUAGAGGCCAUUACUGUAGAGUCCAAAAAGACAGACAGCUCGACUAGGACCAGCUCAAUGCCAUAUCUCCAGAACAAACAUGGAAGGCGGCAAAAUCUCCGCCCUCGAUCGAGUCCAGCUUACUCCUCCGCAAGAAAUAGGGUCACGCCAAAACAGGACAAAGAAAAUGUGACUGUGAAUUCUAAAUAUGUUUCUGAGUCUUUACAACAACCACAAUCAGAAGAAUCACAGCUAACAAAAAAUCAGUCAAGUGCUAAUCCUUUUAUCAAGGAAACAUCACCAGCAGCCAAAGCGUCGAUACAGAGACCUCAUACUAUAGAGCUACAGACCAUCACUACUCACUCCGAACCAGCAAGUAAAAUAAAGACAGGGGAGCUACAGUCUGUCAAAGGUCGGACAGAUUCAAUCCCUGUUGUCAUGAGGACCCCGACGCCGAAACAGAAGGAAGAAAAAUCCCCUCUACUGUUGGAGAGACAUAUAUCCCAGUGUAGUGAGGGCAGUCAGAGCAGCUUAAAGGGAGCAGACAACCUAGGAAUGGACAUCUCUACCAGUUCUGAUGGCUUACCUUCUUUGGACUUUACUUCGUGUCAGACAUUCACUCAGUCUUAUGGGUAUCAUCAGAAGCCCCCAGAGAGGGUGAAGCCAGUCAAAAUGCAAACUUUUAGUCAUAACGUGAUCAAUGUUUUGCCCUACCCUCAAUUAACACAGGACCUAGUUGUAGAGGAUUUAGAAAUUUAUGAGAAUUAUUUUGCAGAACUGAAUGAAACAGCUUUUGUGAAAAGGGGAUGUCAAAGAAGUCAUUUCGGUGGUUAUAGCAAGAAGUAUAAAGUAAACAAGACAGAAAUAAAAAAUUUACGGAAACGCUCAAGUACUUACAGUGCUAAUGAUACGACAUCCGAUUGGUAUAGGUCAUCCUCUGUAGGGGAAUUACGCAACUUAAACGAGAAAGUGUCAGAAACCAAAACAGCCCUACGUAGUAGAAGCCUUCACAACCUAAAGAAUGAUAGUCCUGUGUUAUGUUGGCAAAGUCACGAUUCAGAAAAUGCUAAGGAAGAAGUGGAAGCAGACCCAGCAAUGAAUGAAGAAAUGACUACAGAAUUUUCUGAGCCUGAGAACAAAGAGCUUGUUCAGGAACACAAGGUUGUUCCUAAAUUAAAUGUAAAAGUGCCAUUAACUAAAAGACAAGAAAGCAGGAUAGAAAAUCAGGAACUAGCUCAGCCCUAUCUUCUGUUGUUUGGAGGUAAAGACAUGAGAGGUGGUAGUGUCUGGUUAGAAUCCCUGACUGCCUGGAGAUGUGAUGUGUUUGUCAGACACAGCGAUAUUUCUCACGGAGAAUUCCACAAGUCCAGUCUCAUUGUUUAGCAGCUAGUAUACCAAUCCGAGACAUUCCUAUAGUAACUUAAAGCAGCUAUCACAUCACUAGACAAACCUCAACUUAUCCCACCUAUCAUCUGGAGAACCACACCAGUUAACAAUUAGCCUUUAAUAAUGUUGAAGUACUUGUUGAUAUUGUUUUGUAUUUUUUUGUUUUAUUUCUGUACUGGUCCAUGCUCUUUGGUGACAUAUUUUUAUUAUUAACUCACCUGAGAAAUGAAGGUUCAAGGGACCUUUUUUUUAUAUUAACCUGUUAAAAUUCUGUCCAUCCAUCCAUGGAACUUUUUAUCAUUGAAGUCUUCUUCAAAAUCAAUGAACAAUCAAUUUCAUUCAUGUUAGUCAUAUAAAUAUUGAAGCAUCCCUUUAGUUUGAAUUCAGAUUUAGUUAAGUCGUGGCACUUUUUUGGCUAGUUUGGGGCAACAGUGUGAGAUCAACAUUUUUUAUGGGAAGAAAGGGAGGGGAAAAUUUUUAAAAUUUUUCACAUGAAGAACAACAGGACUGGGCCUAGGGUGAUUAAGCUGAGAGCUGUGGCCCUUGGUCAUUAAUGCAACUUCUGCAUGCCAAACUACUAAUCAGGAUAAAUGUGUUAAUUGAGAAAGCUUUAAAGUUUGUGUAUUUAUUGUACCGGGUAUAUCACUUAUUCAUCUUAUAAAUCACAUACAUGUAUUAUAUUCACCGCAUGUAUUAAGUUGGCAAACAGAGAGUAUAAUGAGAAGUCAUGUUUGAUCAAACAUCAGGGAACAAAUAAGUUUUACUCCAAAGCAUAAUCUUAACAAUGUACAUGUACCUUACAAUGGCAAACCACUGAAGUUCAAAGUUAUUUGUCAUACUUUAAUUUGUUAAUUUUUAAUAUCAUGAAUAUUGAAGUUUAAUAUCUUAAAUAAGUUUUAAUAAGCCAGUAUAAUUCCUGAUCAUAACAAAUACUCAAGUCUGAACUUAUAGAUAUUCCAAAUCUUUUGAUAUUUCUUUAAGUUUUUCACAGCCCUGCAACAUUUGGUUAAAAAUUUCAUUACAAUGUAAUUGUAUCAAAAAAGUGCAUUAUGAGCCAUGAGUUAUUGAGUAGAUUAUUUUAUCUUUUUAAUCUAUUUAUAUACAAAUCUGUGAUAUUUAGGUUGGGGCGACUACAACAAAAUGUAUAUUACAAAUAGGAAGCUAUUUAUUCAAGGAUUGUUUCUUGCCAACAGGAGAGACAUUUCUCUCUCUUGAUUUUGUAAGCUGUUCAAUUGAAUUUUUGCAUUCUAAAGAUGAAUUAAGUUUUUUCGAAUACAAUGUUAAAGUGAGUUUAAAUUUAAACAUUUUUUUAUGUAUUUUAACAUCGAAUCUUCAGAUGUCUCAAAUAUAUUUCUUGGUUUCAUCAAAAUUUGAGAUACCAUGACCAU